UCUCCCCACUCUCGGCCAUACCAGAGCAUUUGGGGGCAAAGUCAGUGUCGGAGGUGGAUACUUAAUCGUCGGUUUUCAAUCCCUUUUUAUUUGGGUUACUUCAAUUAAGUUUGAUAACAACUGUUUGAACCACAAAUACUAUUUAUUAAACUAUAUGUGGGACUUUGUACUUCUCGUUUGAUUCACGUCACACUACAGGUGUUUGUUUUAGUUUCUCCCAUUGUUCUAAAUUCCUUUCCUAGAAAUUUUGUUUCAUUUGAUUGAAUCCUCAUCUUAGAUUCCUUGUUCCGUUUUUGCAGUAUAGCAAAUAAAACUUCAGGUGUAUUUUAUACAUGACAUUCAUCAACCAACUAAGUCACAAAAUAAUACAUGUUAUUUGUAGAGCUAAUGUAGCCUGUCGAACUGGUCUCUGGUGAUGUCAGUGGCAUAGAGAUAGCUAAUUAACUGUUAUCAUAUAGACAGCUAGUUUGUGAAUACGUCUCUUCACCAUCUGUAUGCUUACGGUUUUGUUGUUCACUUAACUUACCACUGGUAGUUAAUGAGCACUUCUGUUGAAUCGUUUGUUAAAUUCCGAUGUCUAAGAGGCGAGACAUGAUCAUACUCAUGUUCUAUAGUUACUUCUGCUUUUUGGUGGCUAUUGCUAAAAAGAAAAGUCAGAGAUGAAAAUCUUAUCAUAAAAAUACAUGAAACAGUACAUUGUUUUUGUUUUAAAGUUGCUUCCUGACAAAACUUACCACUUGGAACAUAUGUGUAGUAAAAUGAACAUCCUAAAAUAACUUAAAUAUGUCAAGCGUAAUAAAUUAAAGAUGCACUUGUGUUUUGUCACUCAGAUUUAGAGGCGAUUAAAUUCCUCAAACAAUUAACCAUAAAAUAGGUAGGCGGUGGGAAUAGAUUCACAUUCCUGAUAACCUUUUAAAAAGCUGUGACUUAAAGGUGUCGAAAUUUUUUAUAGUGAGUUUAUGCAAUCGUUACUUAAUGGCUAGUUUUGAAGUCAUUUUAAAUAACUAAUAAACAAAGGAGUGCGAUUUUGUAGCAUUUUGCUGAGGUACUUUUUAUCAAAGUACUCAAAGCUAACCUGUACAUUUGGUAGAAAGGGGCUAUCAAUCUAUCAUAGUAAUUUGGAUAUUUCUAACAUCAGUCAUUAAAUAAUUUAUUCACUCAUUUAUUUGUUACCACACAUAAAAUAUACCCUUGUCUUGAUCGUGUAUUUCAUACUUUGCUAUUUCUCCGGAUUUGUUUGGAUUCCUUGAAUAUUUUACAAUUUCUGGGUAACCUGUGCUUUCCAUACUCUAUUUCUCGAUAAUCCAUUUCCUUUUAGUCCUCAUAGAGUAUUUAUCUAAUGGUAGUUUAUUUCAACAGACUAAUUGAAGACUUUUAUCAUCCCAUUUGUUCGUGUUCAUCGAACUGAUUAUGCAAUGCUUUCUGAUCAAAGUCGUAGGCCGUUAACAUGACAUUGCAGAAUAAAUAGACUUCACAUUAUUCUGUUUCUAUAUUUAGUAUAAUCGACUCCUGCGACCUAGUUUGUCAUCGGCUUAGAAAAGAAAACGUCUUAUGUAGACAUUAGAAGCAACUUUGCGUUAGGCUCGCAAUAACAGUAUAUGGUUAGCUUGUUGGAGUUCCUGUUUCUUGGUAUUUAAUCAUGUACCAAUGUUAUGCUAAAGAGUAGUAACAACACAGGCAGCGGUUAUCGUAGUGUGAAUUUCGUGGUGACACUAGUCCGUUGUUACUAAUUAAACCUAUUGGCGUACUAAUUUAUCUCAUGGAUUGAUAACUUAGUGGUCCAAACACUUGGAUUUCAAAUAAUUAGUUACAGGUUUGAAUAUCUCACCACCUACUUUGGUUUGGGCAACCAAGUAGCAGUAGUAGUUCCCACACAAAAUUAUGAAGCUCAAAACCGAGUACAUAAUUUGUAAUUUGUGGAUGAGUUACAUCACUAUAGACAAAAAUCAUCUCACGGUAAGUUAUAUUUAUCAACAUGAAUUAACAAGCCUUAAAAUCCAUAGUUCAUCGCCUGACUCCACGAAAUCCCGUAUGAAUUAUGUUGGGUGAUGGUUUAUGUAGAGUAGCUAAUUGACAUAAUGUACAACUUUGUUGGACGAAUUCUUGGUCCUCACGGAUCCACUGCUAAAUGCUUACAACAAUUUUUAGGAGUGAAAAUUAUGAUUCGUGGUCGUGGGUCUAUGCGAGAUCAAACAAAAGUUGGAGCAAAUAUUGUUCGACCAAACUCGGAGCAGCAUUUAAAUGAUAAUUUACAUGUUUUAAUUACUGUUGAAGAUUAUGAAAAUCGUGCUAAAGUUAGACUUGAAAAAGCCAGCGAAUGUAUUAGUAUAUUUCUACAGGAAAGUGUCAAAGCAUCGGAUAAGGAAGACAAAGUGAAAUCGAUGCAAUUAAUGGAAUUGUCCAUGCUUCGCAAAGCUUGGCCAAUAAAUUCCACUAAAUUAUCAAAAUCUAAUUUCCCAUCAAGAGGAAAUACACUUUUUGAUAAAUCAUUCGAUAUAGGUCAUAAUAGUAGAUACAUGUCUAGAUCGUAUACAUCACCAGCUUUACAACAUGAUCGAAACUUUCUACCUUUCUCACAUCCACACCGUCAAGAUCAUCCUCAAGAAAAUCAACAAGAACGGCAACAACAACAGUGUGUUGAUAUCUCGAAUGGUCAAUCACGUUGUAAUCCCAGUAGAUUUUCACAAUAUCAUCAUUAUCAAAAUAAUUUUGUAUUUCCAUCGCCUGGUACUUGUGAUCUGGAUGCUACAUUGUAUUUACAUAAUGACUCUGGUCGACAUGAUUUUACAGGAUAUUUGGGAUCGAGUUGUCAACAUAUACAAAAACAAACCCUAUCGAACACACCAAGUCUACCUAUCGCACCAUUAGCCGUCAGUUAUUGGUCAUGUACAUAUUCCAGUUUACCAUCUCCAGAUUAUGCUAUUCAACACUCAGAAAUGAAUCGCAACACUACUACUGUCAACACAAACAGUCGAAAACCAUUUCAUAAUCAUGAACAUUAUCCUUCGGACAAUGUCAUAUCUCAUAGUUUUAUGAACAGUUUACCACAAUCAAAUUAUACAACACCGUUUAUGAUUCAUUCACCGCGACAACAAUGUCCUCAGAGUAAUCACUAUUUACCAUUUCAUGGAAAUCAACUUGUUACACUGAAUAAUUUGACAAAUGAAGUGCGCAUUAACACUGUUAGUAACUUUCAUAGCAAUAAUCAAACACGUCGCUGUCGUCAUCAUCAAAAUGGUACCGCUAGUAGUGGUGUGUCCGUCGAAGAGUUUCAUAAAAACUCACAAAAGUAUUCAUCAGGCGAUGGAAGUGUUCUUCACCAUAAUCAAUCAGAAGAAUUUAUUCCCAAUAGUAUCAUUAUUGAUAAUAACAAUAAUAGUAAUGAUAAUAAUCAGAGUGAUGAUAUUAAUAAUAAUCAUCCACUUUCUAUGGGUGCGUUAAAACAGAAUACUGCCAAUGGAAUAAGGAAAUGUCAUUCUGAUCAGUGUAAUACUAUCAUUACAACAACAACAACAACUACUACCACUACUACUAGUAGUAGUAACAGUACUACUGCUUCUACUGAUCAUAUAAGUCAUCAUCAAAAACAGCGAUUCAAUUCGCAAGCAAGUACAAAUGAAAAUGUUGUCACUACCACUCAUAGCAGUCAUCAUUCGAUUCGUGCUUUUAACCCUACUGUUAUUGCUGAAGUAAAUCGUGAUAGUAAUAAUAAUGAUAACGAUGAUAAUAGCAGUAAAAGUACUAAUAAUCGUGUAAAUGAACAGAAACAACAGUAUCAACAUGAGUAUUAUGAUAGUUAUAUAACUGGGAUGGAAAAAGUUAACACUAUGCCUCAUGAUGUAUAUAAAAAGAAUAGUUUUAAGUCUAAGACUAAUCAUACUAAUGCCAUUACCAAUACUAAUACUUGUAUAAGUCAUAAUAAUGUCAUCAUUACACCAACUAUUAACUCUGUUACAAGUAGAAUUAAAACAAUUAAGCAAGAUAGAAAGUAUUUGAUUAAAAAUACUGAGGUUAAUAUAAUGAAAACUACUCCGUCUAACAGAAAAUUAUCUGAUUCCAAUUUAAAACCAAUUGGAUUAGUUACAGAUGAAAUAGAAUGGCCAAGACUUGGAGCUAGUGUGAAUUCACUUCAAAAAUCAGUUGUUAAUAAUUCACAAUCGUUAUCGUCUAAAUCAAAUAUUGUUAUGAAUGAUGAUGAUCGUGAUCAUGAUCAUGAUCAUGAUGAUAAUAAUCAAUCAAUCGAUAAUAUUAUCACAUAAUUCCAAGUUCAAUUCAUCAUCAUUAUUAAUAUUCAAAUUAACCGGGUUAAAAAUUAUCAAUAACAUUAUAAUAUUUUUAAUAUAAGUUUAAAUGUUUAUAAAAUUCAUGAUUGGUUGUUUAAUUCACUAUAUUUUAUUGAUUUUUUAUUUUUGUUACUUUUACCUUUGCUUCUUUAUUUUUCUCUUAUCUUUUAUUUUUCUGAAAAUGUUUUCUAAUUUUUUUUAAUGAUUAAAACUAUUUUACAAAAUAAAAGUGAUAACAUUGUUUUA